AUGGUUAAACUUAUAGUCAUAUGGUUCGUAAUUCCAGCGGUGAAAAACCGAACAGCUGCUCAUGCGAACCACACGCUUUCUCUGAUUGUUCUCCUUCAGUAUGUUCCUCGUUUUUUUGUUAUUUUUCCUUUGCACCGGCGGAUCAUCAAAACCACCGGAUCUAUAGCCAAGACUGCUUGGGCAGGGGCAGUGUACAAUCUCCUUCUCUAUAUUUUAGCUAGCCAUAUUUUUGGAGCUUCAUGGUAUUUGUUGUCAAUUCAGCGGCAGCUUAAGUGCUGGAGCAUAGAGUGCUUAAAUGAGAUGAAUGCCACGCACUCUCCGUCAUGUGAUCCUUUGUUUCUUGACUGCAACAGUUUGGACAAACCCGAAAGGCGGGCUUGGCUGAAUGUAACUAAAGUGCUCACUAGCUGUGAUGCUCGAAAAGAUUACUCUUUCCAGUUUGGAAUGUUUGCUGAUGCCUUUACUAAUGAUGUUGCUUCUUCUAUUUUCAUUGAGAAGUACUUCUAUUGCCUGUGGUGGGGUUUGAGGAAUUUAAGCUCAUAUGGACAAACUCUAGUUACAAGCACUUUUAGCGGUGAAACAUUGUUCAGCAUUCUCAUUAGCAUAUCUGGUCUUGUUCUGUUCUCACACCUCAUAGGCAACAUGCAGAGUUAUCUGCAAUCUACAACAGCAAGACUAGAAGAAUGGAGGGUCAGACGAAGAGAUACAGAGGAGUGGAUGAGGCACCGUCAAUUACCUCCAGAAUUGCAGGAGCGUGUACGUCGGUUUGUUCAAUACAAAUGGCUUGCUACAAGAGGUGUAGAUGAAGAAUCCAUUUUGCGCUCUUUGCCUCUGGACCUUCGCCGUCAAAUUCAAAUACAUCUUUGUCUCGCCCUUGUUCGCCGCGUUCCUUUUUUCGCGCAAAUGGAUAAUCAGCUCUUAGAUGCCAUCUGUGAACGCCUUGUGUCGUCGUUGAAUACAAAAGACACAUAUAUGGUCAGGGAGGGUGAUCCAGUGAACGAGAUGCUAUUCAUCAUUAGAGGGCAGCUGGAGAGCUCCACAACCGACGGUGGAAGAUCAGGAUUCUUCAACUCUAUUACCCUCAGAGCCGGCGAUUUUUGUGGGGAAGAGUUGCUGACAUGGGCUCUAAUGCCCACCUCAAGCCUCAACCUUCCAUCAUCAACUCGAACAGUGAAGUCCAUUACUGAAGUUGAGGCAUUUGCUCUUCGAGCUGAAGACCUAAAGUUUGUUGCCAGCCAGUUCAAGCGCCUGCAUAGCAAGAAACUCCAGCAUGCUUUCAGGUACUACUCCCACCAGUGGAGAACAUGGGGAGCUUGCUUUAUACAAGUUGCAUGGAGACGGUGCAUGAAAAGAAAGAAGGAAAUGGAGUUGGCAAGACAAGAGGACUUCUUUUAUACACAUAUUUUGGAACAAGACUUUAACUAUAGGGAUGGAUCAGGCGCAGAUUAUGUGGAUAUUAGUGGUGCUGAAAGAUUGUCAUCAGUUGACAAUGUACAUAAUGCUCAGAACUUGGGAGCUACAAUUUUGGCUUCAAAAUUUGCUACAAACACCAAAAGAGGGGUUCAACACAAGUCUGAUGCAACCAGCUUGCAGAUGCCCAAGCUGUUUAAGCCAGAGGAACCUGAUUUCUCAUCAGACACUGAAGAUAGUUGA